CUUCUUUCUCCUUCCGUCUCAUUUCGUCUAUAUUUCUCCGCCGCGCGUUUGCCUUUCAGAUAAGUCCUCUUCCCCCCUUUUCUCUUUCUCUGUCUCUAGAUUUUCAUUUCCGCUUGCUUCUCCUUCGUUAGAUCCGAAAUCUCUGAUCGGAUUCUAGAUCUGAGGUUCAACUUUGGGUUUUUUUUUGAGGUUCUUGAAAUCCAAUUCGAUCGGAUCUGAUUUGGGGGCCUGGAAACUCUGGGUUUGUAGAAAUCUAAAUCAAUGGGUCUAGUCUUUCUAUGACAUUAUGUAUCGUAUCCGUCUGCUUCACUCGUUCUCCGUUGUCUUCCUCUACUGGUUCUACGUUUUCUCAUGAAUUAAUCGCAUCAAUUCCUUGCCUCCAAUUCGAAUCCCAAUCCUAAUUUUAUUUUCGCCCCAAUUCUUUCAACCCUAAUCUAAUUUAGGUAACAAACAUCAAUUCCUAAUUUUUGCAAUUCUUGGGUAAAUUACCCGAAGAAAGGAAGAAAUGUCUUUGGUUCAGCGCCAAUCUAGCUCAGGAUCCGACGGGUCCGCGACGGUGGACGAGAAGAAGAGGAAGAGGAUGCUGUCCAACCGCGAAUCCGCGAGGCGUUCGAGGAUGAAGAAGCAGAAGCAGAUUGAUGAUUUGACGACUGAGAUCACCCGUCUGGAGAUGUCGAACAAUCAGGUUCGGCAGACAGUCGAUGCCAGGGAGCGGAGCUACAAUGAGAUAGAGUCUGCAAACAAUGUGCUGAGAGCUCAAGCAAUGGAGCUCACCGAUCGACUGCAGUCGUUAAACUCGGUCCUCCAUAUAUUCGAAGAGGUCAGCGGCUUCUCGGUCGACAUCCCCGAGAUGCAUGAUCCUCUGCUUAAGCCAUGGCAGCGCCCCUACCCGUCGCAGCCCAUCCCGGCCUCGUCCGGCAUGUUCUUCAUUUGAUGACGAUCUUCAUCGCUUCUGUCUGUCAGUGUUUUGGUGGUGUUCGUCUUUUGAUUUCGAUUUUAGUUGUUGGGUUGAUGUUAGCCUCAGUUGUUUUUGGUGUCUUUAAUUAAUAGUUGUUGUAGUCAGUGUCUUUGCACAAGCUUGUUUCAUGAUGGAUUAGCAGUGCAUUUGGGUUUGCUGUUGGAACUUGGAACCGAACCGUGUGUACAAUGUUGUUCAUUUGGUCUGUAUAAAUCAAAUGUUUGUGGUGCUUGUUAGCUGUGGAAUGUAGAGUUGCUCUUUUUGUUGGUAA